GCAGUAAGUCCCUUCAGCCAAAUGAAUCUAGCCAUACGGCUUUUCACGACGCCAUCAGAAUUACUUGACGGUAUCUUGGUUGGUUUCACGACUGUACGCCUGCCAUUCUAUAGUAAAUAGUCUGCUGUUAUUUAACUUACUUAUUAACGUUUUUCAUUUAAGGCUAGUGAAUUCGAGGGGUGAUUUAAAAGUCAAGUGAGAGUGCUCAAAGUGCUUUUUUUUGGGUGUUUUGAAGUUGGUGAAGGAGGAAGUUACAGUUGAUAUUGCUCCUGCCUUGCCCUACACUGAAUCAUGUUCUGCACUGUGAGAAGCUGAAGACAUAUUUUGGUAGUGUUGACAACAUCUGCAUCAUCUGAAGAUGUUUUCCCAGCGAGAACUGGUUCAGUGGCUCGGUUUUGCCCCCUUUGAAAUGUUUGUACAUUUGUUCUCUCUCUUGCUGUUCUCUGUUCUUUUAGCCCUGAAAGUUGAUAACUUUGUCUCCACUUUGGAGUGGUGGUAUGUCUUUACCCCUCUGUUUGCUGCAGAUGGCGUUAGUACUUACUUUACCACAAUUGUAUCAAUCCGUCUUUUCAGGGACAGUGAGAAGCGCCUUGCUGUGUUACGUCUGUUUUGGAUCCUUACAGUCCUCAGUCUAAAAUUUGUAUUUGAGAUGCUUCUUUGUCAGAAACUGGUCGAGCAGGCCAAAGAAUUGUGGUAUGGACUUAUUGUGUCCCCUAUAUUCAUCCUGCUUCAGCUGCUUGUAAUCCGAGCAUGCAGAGUAAACUGAAUUAAUGUCUCUGACGUGGGGUUGAACAACCUUGUUUUUACGAACUAGUAUGUGAUGAUGCAAACAUCCAUACAGCAUGAGAACGGUUGUAUAGCUACAAUUGAGGAAAUUCCGGCUGUAAUCCCGGUCUCUUUUUUUCCUGUGAGUUUGAGAAGUGUGAUUUGGACCUUUGAGAGCAAAUGCAAUUGGAACUUAAAUACUACUGGAGUACUUAUAUCGGUACUUGUAAGAAAACUUUGGAGGUAUGGAAUUUCCUCGUAUAAACCAGGUUAUAAAGAACUAGGUGCAAGAUCUACUUCUCUCUCUCUAUUAUUGGACAAGUCACCAAGUUACUGAAAGAGUAAGACUUGAAUGGUUCUAAUGCUGAACUGACAGUACUAGAAAGAAGAGGCACAAAGUCAAGUAGUGCAUUGUUAAGAUUUGACAUGAAAGUACUUCAUGAACUGUAUCUAAAGGACAUACAUUUUCCAAAUGUUAUCUUAAAUAUGUUUGCAUAUUUUUGUUUUUUAAUGUAAAUAUUAAAGAACUUCAAGCUACCAAUUUCA